UUUGAACUCUCUUCUUCUUCUUACGACUCAAUAUCCCAACAGCUCUUCCCAAUUUCUACAGAAACCCUAAACUAAGUGAUCGGGAGAGAGAAGUGUUCUUCAAUAUUAUCUGAUUCCAAUCAAACUCAGGUUGGUCAAGCUUUCGUUGUACGGUACUACCGUAUCUUGUUUGGAAUGCCGUCUUUUGCUCACCUUUUUUAUCAGGACAUCAGCCAACUUGGUCAUCCGGAUGCUAGUGGGGAAAUGAUUAUCACUACAACUAUGGAGGCAAUUAAGGAGAAGAUAUUGUCCCUGCACUAUGAUCAAUUCAGAGCACAGAUUCAAUCAGUUGAUGUACAAGAAUCUUGCAACAAUGGGGUUAAGAUACUUGUAACUGGUUAUAUGAUCGGAACGGAUGAACUGGCUAGGAAAUUCGCACAAACAUUUUUCCUUGCACCAAAAGAGGGAGGCUAUUUUAUCUUGAAUGACAUGUUCCGUUUUGUGGGGCAAGAUCCUUUUCCUAUAGAGUCCAACAAAGAGAAGAUUAUGGAUGUUGUGGGCAAUGUACAAACAAUGGUUAAUGUAGAUGAGGUUCCUCUUGUUGAAGUUGUUGAUCAAGUACCUAAUGUAGAAACAGUGGUUGAUGAGGAGGAGCUUCCACUUGUUGAAGUUGUUGAUGAAGUACCUAAAAUAGAAACAUUGGUUCACGAAGAGGAGGUUCCGCAUGUUGAAACUGUUGAUGAAGUACCUAACGUAGAAAAAGUGGUUCAUGCAAAAGAGGUUUCACUUAUUGUUCAUGAAGUACCUAACGUAGAAAAAGUGGUUGAUGCAAAAGAGGUUCCACUUGUUGAAAUUGUUGAUGAAGUACCUAAUGUCGAAACAUUGGUUGUUACAGAGGAUGUUCCACUUGUUGAUGUAUUACCCAGUGUAGAAACAGUGGUUAGUGCAGAGGAGGUUCCACCUGUUAUAGUUGUUGAUGAAGUACCUAAUCUAGAAACAGUGAUUGAUGUGAAGGAGGUUCCACUUGUUGAUAAUGUUGAUGAAAUACGUAAUGUAGAAACAAAUAAUGAUGCAGAGGAGGUUCCUCUUGUUGAAAUUGUUGAUCAAGUCCCAAAUGUGGAAAAAGUAGUUGAUGGGGAGGAGGUUCCACUUGUUGAAGUUAUUGAUCAAGUUCCUAAUGUAGAAACAGUGGUUGAUGCAGAGGAGGUUCCACUUGUUGAUCAAUUUUCUAAUGUAGAAACAGUGGUUGAUGCGGAGGAGGUUCCACUUGUUGAUCAAUUUUCUAAUGUAGAAACAGUGGUUGAUGCUGAGGAGGUUCCACUUCUUGAAGUUGUUAAUCAAGUUCCUAAUGCUGAAAUAGUGGUUGAUGCGGAGGAGGUUCCACUUGUUGAAGUUGUUGAUCAAGUUCCUAAUGUAGAAACAGUGGUUGAUGCGAAGGAGGUUCCACUUGUUGAAGUUGUUGAUCAAGUUCCUAAUGUAGAAACAGUGGUUGAUGUGAAGGAGGUUCCACUUGUUGAAGUUGUUAAUCAAGUUCCUAAUGUAGAAACAGUGGUUGAUGCGGAGGAGGUUCCACUUGUUGAAGCUGUUGAUCAAGUUCCUAAUGUAGAAACAGUGGUUGAUGCGAAGGAAGUUCCACUUGUUGAAGUUGUUGAAGUACCUAAUGUAGAAGCAAUGAAUGAUGCAGAGGAGGUUCCUCCUGUUGAAGUUAUUGAUCAAGUUUCUAAUCUAGAAAAGGUGGUUGAUGCGGAGGAGCUUCCACUUGUUGAACUUGUUGUUGAAGUACCUAAAGUGGAAACAGCGGUUGAUGCAGAGGAGGUUCCACUUAUUGAAGUUGUUGAUGAAUUACCUAAAGUGGAAACAGUGGUUGAUGUGGAGGAGGUUCCACUUAUUGAAGUUGUUGAUGAAGUACAUAAUAUAGAACCAAUGGUUGAUGCAGAGGAGGUUCCUCUUGUUCAGGUUGUUGAGGAAGUGCCUAAUGUCGAAACAAGGGUUGAUGCGGAAAAGGUAAUUGAUGCAGAGGUGGUUCCUCUUGUUCAUGUUGUUGAGGAAGUACCUAAUGUCGAAACAAUGGUUGAUGCGGAAAAGGUUCCACUUGUUGAAGUUGUUGAUGAUGUAACUAAUGUGGAAACAGUGGUUGCUGCGGACAAAGUUCCACUUGUUGAAGUUGUUGAUAAAAUGCCGGUUGACGCAGUGGAGAUUCCACAUGUUAAAGUUUUUAACGUGGACACAAGUGGUGCAUGUACGGUGUCAUCUAGUGUUGCAAUGUGUCAGAUUAUUACCAACAAGGAGGAGUUGUAUUUGCUAGAUAAACUACCUUCUGAAGUUAGGGAAGUUGUUGAUGGAUUAGCACAUGAUCAUUUUAGCAUGGCUGAAACAAAGGAGGUUCCAUUUGCUAUAAUUGUUGAUCAAGUACAUGAUGAUUCCAAAAUAGAUGCAGCGCUAAAGAAACCCCAUGCUCCCACUGAAACCGUAGCAACACUUCCAUCUCAUAGUGAAAUUGUGCAGCCCUCCAUAUUAGAAGGUGAAGUAGUACCCAUUUCUGCUGAAGCAGCUGGUGAUUACUCAAUCUAUAUAAAGUACCUCCCAGUGAGUGUAACCACUUCAAUUCUUGAGGAUGAGUUUAAGAGAUUUGGAGCUAUUAAGGAGGGUGGUGUGCAAUUCCAAAAGAACAAACAAGGAUUCUUUUUUGGGUUUGUUCGAUUCGAGGAGGCAAAUUCAGUUCAAAAAGCACUUGAGGCCUCUCCGGUUGAGAUUGGUGGACGUGAAAUUGUUGUUGAGGAAAAGCGACCUCCGAAUUCAAGAGGUGGAAGAGGAGCACAUAGGUUCAGGGAUGAUGUAAUGAGAGGACGAGGAUUUUAUGGUUUACCAAUAGGAAUGGGAGAAAGAGGAAGAGGAAGGUGGUGGAGACUACAUCGGUAAAGGUCUUUUUAGUACGUUUUUUUGUUUUCGGUAUUUUCUUCUUUGAAAUUUGAGAUGUGGAAUAGGCAACCAUUACUAAUAAUGUUGUUGAUUGAUGAAAUAAAUAGUGUAUAGAGUGUUAAUUGAA